AUGGCAAGCGCAGAAGGGUCCGUUGACGAUGCCAGGGACGGCCCUACCCCAAUAGAACCGCCAUCGAAAGACUCGCAAUUGCAAGCCAUGCACCAACUCCUCGAGCUCCAGCUCCUGCUCUUCCCCAUCUUCCAGCACUUCACCGAGAAGCACCACGAUUUCACACGCACAAACGCAGCGACGCUCGAGGUCGAGGAGCGGAUAUUUCCUCAUCUCACCGGUUUGACGCUAUUUGGCCCGCACAAGAUCGAGUAUAGGUCGCGUACACUUUAUUUCGUCUCCGAUGUCUACUUAACUCAACAUAUCGACUUCAACUCAUUGGAGCUGGAGGGGAGUUCUGAAGAGUCCAAUUUUUCAGUGACGUUCUUGCGGUUGGGAGAUCAGUUGAGCGGCCAUCGCGGUAUCGUCCACGGGGGGUUAUUGGCGACCCUCCUCGAUGAGAUCACGUGCCGGUUGGGGUUCUUGAAUUUCGCUAGUCUCAGGGGCGUCACUGCCAACUUGAAUAUCAAUUAUCACAACCCUACCGCGGUCAACCGGUGGAUCUGCGUCAAGUGCACCACGACGCGUAAGGAGGGACGGAAGUGUUGGGUGCGUGGCGAGAUAUACACGGUGGAUCAGCAGACGCAGCUGUUGCGGGAGCAAGAGCUCGUUUGCUCGUGUGAGAUUUUGAUUAUUGAGCCGCGAUGGGUUGAGAAAUUGAAGCACUGA